GUCAAUACCGCCUGCUCCUCUGCUGCCACCGUGUACAGAGCUGACAGCAGCCGGUGUGACAACAUGAAUAACACACCAACACUCACACUGCUCUGCUGCCGAGGAAACCAUGGGUGUCUACAUCUCACACAUCUUCUCCAGGUUCACCACCAAGAAACCUGUCAGGAUUUUAAUGGUGGGUCUGGACGCAGCAGGGAAAACCACUAUCCUGUACAAACUGAAGCUGGCUGAGGUCGUCACCACCAUCCCAACUAUUGGUUUUAAUGUAGAGACAGUGGAGUACAAGAACAUCAGUUUUACAGUUUGGGAUGUCGGCGGUCAGUCAGUCAUCAGACCCCUGUGGAGACAUUACUACGUUAACACACAGGGUCUGAUAUUUGUGGUUGACAGCACCGACCCUGAGAGGAUCAAAGAAGCUGCUGACGAGCUGCACAAGAUGUUACAAGAUGACGAACUGAGAGACGCAACCUUACUGGUGUUUGCUAACAAACAGGAUUUACCCCGAGCUUUGCCAGUCAGUGACAUCACAGAGGCCCUGAGCCUAUCAGGAGUCUCACAGCCGUGGUUUGUCCAGGCGUCCUGUGCCGUGAGCGGUACGGGUCUGGCCGAGGGUCUGGACUGGCUCUCGAACCAGAUCAAGUAG